AAUUUAAAUAAUGUAAUUAAUGCCUUCCCAACAUGCUUUGGAGCAGGAAGAAUUCAAAGUACAUAAGAUAUCCUUUAACUCCAAGUGCCAGAAGUCAUCUGGGCAUAUACUUGAAUGGCAGCUGUCGCAGAGAGUUGUUGAGAACAUUGACAAGAUCUGGAGCUUGUGGAUAUCGAUGCGGCGUUGCAAGAACUUCACUGAUCUGCAUUGAGUGGUCAAGGUUUUGGCUUUGGAGUCCCUAAAGUUCGUUUGAUGCUGAAGCUGAAUUCUGAUCUCGCCUCAAUUCAGCGAUCCCAGGCAUGUUUCGGGAAUGCGAUGUGAUCUCAGUUCACACGUAAGUCGUCUUCCACAGUCAUAUGCGCCCCUGAUCUGUCAUGGUGCGAUAAUUCAGAAAGCAAACCUGGCCAUCCAGCCACAAGUUUAGCCAAUAUAUUGUAAAUCCAUGGGGUAAUAUGAGAACAGGGAUUUGAUCCUCAAUAUAUUGGUUUCCUGCACUAUCCAGCACUUAAUAGUUUGAACCUAACUGGAAUAGAAAUGGUUUUACCUAGAUUUGGGGUAAUGAAGAAGUUUUGUGUCUUCAUGUGUGUCAUUACACCCUGCCUCUACACUGUCAUCUAUAUAAUAUGUUUUCAGAAGGCAAAUGUAUUGCUCAAAAAUGGAUUUAACUAUGAUGAAACCAAGGAACUCCAAUAUAAUCUGAUUCAACGUGAAGCACAGGAGGUAUUACGUGGGAGGGAGGAUGCAAAAGAAUUGAGUAAUGAAGAUGCCAAACAAGGUUCUUUUUGGAAACAUUUUGAGAUAGUACAGUCAAAUUCGAGUGUUAUUUUAAAGACAAUUGCCACCAGACCCAGUAAGGUAGAAAUUCCUAUUAAAGGACCUACUGUUUCAAAAGAUAUUUUGCCUGCAUCUGCAAUUACCAAGGAUUUAAUCAGGGGCCGACCAGUAAAGCAACAAUUAAUCGCUUCCAUCACAGCUGCACAAGCCACCAAGAUCAAACUCGCACUUAGAAAUCAGUGGAUGAUUUGGAAUGAAGAUAGCUCUUCAAGUAACCUUAAUCGGCGCCUACAGAAUGUCAAAAACAAUUAUGUUGCCAUGAAUAAAUAUGCUGUGAACUUUACUGGAAAGAGGAGACUGAGGAAAUUGAGCAGCAAAGAAUUGUUGUGCGAACUGAAGCAGAGAGUGGAGGUGGCUUCCAUUCAAUUUGGAGACGAGCCUUUCACAACAUCCAGGUGGAAGCAAUUCUUACCGACCAGAAAUCUUUCCCAAGCACUAGGACCUUUUCAGACAUGUGCCGUCGUAGCGUCAGCUGGAUCAAUCCUGAAGUCAAAGCUUGGAAGAGAAAUAGAUGCCCAUGACGCCGUUCUGAGGUUCAAUCGGGCACCUACCAUUGGAUUUGAGUCUGAUGUGGGGAACCGUACAACAAUUCGGAUAGUUAAUUCACAGAUCCUUUCAAGGCGAGAGCACAACUUUCAUGGUGACAGUUUGUACAAAACAGGUGUCUUAUUAGUCUGGGACCCAGCACCAUAUUCAACUAACCUUACCAAGUGGUUCAAGCAGCCAGACUACGAUUUCUUUGAGAAUUACAUCAAGUACCGUGAAAAUAAUCCAGAUCAGCCCUUGUACAUUAUAAAUCCCAAAAUGCAGUGGCAGCUUUGGAACAUCUUGCAGGAGAAUGCGGCAGAAGAUAUCCAGCGCAAUCCCCCUUCCUCUGGACUAAUGGGUAUCCUGUUAAUGAUGACCGUUUGCAAUGAAAUAGACGUCUAUGAAUUCCUUCCUUCGCAAAGACAGACUGAUCUCUGCCAUUAUUAUGAAAAGUUCCAAGACCAAGCCUGCACCUUGGGAGCUUACCACCCUCUGAUGUUUGAGAAAAAUAUGGUGAAACGUAUAAACCGUGGUUCAGAUAAGAAUAUCUACGUUCAAGGCAAAGUCACCCUUCCAGGGUUUCGAACAUUCCAAUGUCCUAAUUCAGAUUAAAUACAUUAAACCCUCAUUAUUACAGACCAUAGGCUAAGGGGGGGACCGGUGUCUGUUAUUGCCAUUUGUCCUCUAUAACCGAGUAGUGUAUUAUCAUUGUAUGAGGUUAACAUAGAAAAUAGGUGCAGGAGGAGGACGUUCGGCCCUUCGAGCCAGCACCGCCAUUCAUUGUGAUCAUGGCUGAUCAUCCACAAUCAGUAACCCGUGCCUGCCUUCUCCCAAUA